AGUAGAAGAUUAUGGUGGCGGCUCAGCACUAGCAAAAGCAGCAGCAGCGGCUGAAGCAGCAGCAGAGCAGGACUCUGCCUGGAUGCAUUUUUCACUGAAAAUCAUCAGCCUCGGAAAGUGCAGCCGGAAGACUUGGCAGCCAAGCAGGAAUUAACAGCGUUUGUAACGAAGAAAACUGGGAAAGGCAAGGAACGUGGGGGUGGGGGUAGCAGCAGUUUUUUCCGUGUGCUUCUGGGGAGGGGGGGUUGAUUAUCAUGGCGGAUCGGACAGCUCCUAGAUGCCAGCUCCGUCUGGAGUGGGUGUAUGGAUAUAGGGGUCACCAGUGCCGCAACAACCUGUACUACACGGCGGGCAAGGAAGUGGUUUACUUCGUGGCUGGAGUCGGGGUGGUAUAUAACACCAGAGAGCAUAGCCAGAAAUUUUUCCUGGGGCACAACGAUGACAUUAUUAGCUUAGCUUUGCACCCGGAUAAAUCCUUAGUUGCUACAGGGCAGGUUGGCAAAGACCCUUACAUUUGCAUCUGGGAUACCUACAAUGUACAGACGAUUUCUAUUUUGAAGGAUGCGCAUACCCAUGGAGUUGCCUGCUUGGCUUUUGAUUCAGACGGCCAGCGCUUAGCUUCAGUGGGACUCGAUGCCAAAAACACAGUCUGCAUUUGGGACUGGAAGAAAGGAAAAUUACUGGCGUCAGCAACUGGCCAUUCAGAUAGGAUUUUUGAUAUUUCCUGGGAUCCAUAUCAACCCAACAGAGUCGCUAGCUGUGGCGUGAAGCAUAUUAAGUUUUGGACACUGUGUGGAAAUGCCUUGACAGCCAAAAGAGGAAUAUUCGGCAAAACAGGAGACCUACAAACUAUCCUCUGUUUGUCCUGUGCAAAAGAUGAUGUUACGUACUCUGGUGCUUUAAAUGGAGACAUCUAUGUCUGGAAAGGGCUCACCUUAGUCCGCACAAUUCAAGGAGCUCAUGGUGCUGGAAUUUUUAGCAUGUAUUCAUGUGAGGAAGGUUUUGCCACUGGUGGGAGAGAUGGUUGUAUUCGGUUGUGGGACACUGAUUUCAAGCCAAUAACUAAAAUUGAUCUCAGGGAGACUGAGCAAGGAUACAAAGGUUUGUCCAUCCGAAGUGUGUGUUGGAAAGCAGAUCGACUUUUAGCAGGGACACAGGACAGUGAAAUAUUUGAGGUGAUCGUGAGAGAAAGAGAUAAGCCAAUGCUAAUAAUGCAAGGUCACUGUGAAGGAGAGCUCUGGGCUCUGGCGGUGCAUCCCAAGAAACCGUUAGUUGUUACUGGCAGUGACGAUCGAUCUGUGCGAUUAUGGAGCCUUGCUGACCAUGCCUUGAUUGCCCGUUGCAAUAUGGAGGAAGCUGUGCGGAGUGUAUCGUUCAGUCCUGAUGGAUCUCAGCUGGCACUGGGAAUGAAAGAUGGCUCUUUCAUUGUUUUGAGAGUAAGAGACAUGACAGAGGUAGUUCAUAUCAAAGACCGGAAAGAAGUAAUUCAUGAAAUGAAAUUUUCACCAGACGGCUGCUACCUUGCAGUGGGUUCUAAUGAUGGCCCAGUGGAUAUCUAUGCAGUUGCUCAGCGGUACAAGAAAACUGGAGAAUGCAACAAGUCUUCUAGUUUUAUCACUCAUAUUGACUGGUCUCUGGAUAGUAAAUUCUUACAAACUAAUGAUGGUGCAGGAGAACGCUUCUUCUACAGGAUGCCAUCGGGAAAGCAUUUAACAAGCAAAGAUGAGAUCAAAGGGAUUCAUUGGGCUUCAUGGACAUGUGUGAUGGGGCCAGAUGUGAAUGGAAUCUGGCCGAAGUACAGUAACAUUAUAGAUAUCAACUCUGUGGAUGGAAAUUAUAAUAAUGCCAUUCUGGUGACUGGAGAUGAUUUUGGAUUAGUUAAAUUGUUCAGAUUUCCUUGCCUAAAGAAAGGAGCUAAAUUUAGAAAAUAUGUUGGCCACUCUGCACAUGUUACUAAUGUUCAUUGGUCACAUGACUUUCAGUGGGUAAUAAGUACUGGAGGAGCAGAUCACUCUGUUUUUCAAUGGCGGUUUAUUCCAGAAGGUGUAACAAAUGGGAUCCUUGAAACAGCACCUCAAGAAAGUGGCAUAGAUUCACACAGUGAAGAAUCUGAUUCAGAUUUAUCUGAUGUGCCAGAAUUAGAUUCCGAUAUUGAGCAAGAAGCUCAAAUCAACUACAUUCGACAGGUUUACAAAGAAGAUCUACCUCAGCUGAAACAGCAAAGUAAAGAGAAAAACCAUUCAGUGCCCUUCCUUAAAAGAGAGAGAGCCCCCGAAGACAGUUUAAAGCUGCAAUUUAUACAUGGUUACAGAGGCUAUGACUGUCGAAACAAUUUGUUCUACACACAGACAGGGGAGGUAGUUUACCAUAUUGCUGCUGUUGCCGUCGUGUACAGUAGGCAACAACACACCCAAAGGCUGUAUCUCGGUCACGACGAUGAUAUCCUCAGCCUAGCCAUCCAUCCUGUGAAAGAUUAUGUUGCUACUGGACAGGUUGGGAGAGAUGCUGCUAUUCAUGUUUGGGAUACACAAACACUCAAAUGUUUGUCGCUGCUUAAAGGCCAACACCAAAGAGGAGUGUGUGCACUUGAUUUUUCAGCUGAUGGAAAAUGUUUGGCAUCGAUUGGGUUAGAUGAUAAUCACAGCAUUGUACUCUGGGACUGGAAAAAAGGAGAAAAGAUGGCAGCAGCCAGGGGUCACAAAGACAAGAUAUUUGUAGUGAAAUGCAAUCCUCAUCAUUCUGAUAAACUGGUGACUGUUGGAUUGAAGCACAUCAAAUUUUGGCAACAAGCAGGUGGUGGCUUUACCGCCAAACGUGGCAUCUUUGGAAAUAUUGGGAAACAGGAAACCAUGAUGAGUGUUUCCUACGGACGAAUAGAGGACCUGGUUUUCUCUGGAUCUGCAACAGGAGAUAUAUACAUCUGGAAAGAUAUAUUGUUGCUUAAGACAGUGAAAGCACAUGAUGGGCCUGUAUUUGCCAUGCAUGCCUUAGAUAAGGGCUUUGUGACAGGUGGGAAGGACGGCGUGGUGGCACUUUGGGAUGACACAUUUGAAAGGUGCUUGAAGACAUACGCCAUUAAAAGAGCAGCACUAUCACCUGGCUCUAAAGGUUUGCUGUUGGAGGACAACCCAUCCAUCCGCGCCAUCACCUUAGGACAUGGGCAUAUAUUGGUGGGAACAAAAAAUGGAGAGAUUCUUGAAAUUGAUAAAAGUGGACCCAUGACUCUGCUUGUGCAGGGGCACAUGGAAGGGGAAGUCUGGGGUCUGGCUGCUCACCCUCUUUUGCCUAUCUGUGCAACAGUGAGCGAUGAUAAAACUCUGAGGAUCUGGGAACUUUCCUCCCAACACCGUAUGUUGGCUGUGAGAAAGCUUAAGAAAGGCGGACGGUGCUGUGCCUUCUCCCCUGAUGGGAAAGCCUUGGCUGUAGGGUUGAACGACGGGAGUUUUUUGGUAGUGAAUGCUGAUACUGUGGAAGAUAUGCUCUCUUUCCAUCACAGAAAGGAAAUGAUCUCUGACAUCAAAUUUUCUCGAGAUUCAGGAAAAUAUCUGGGAGUGGCUUCCCAUGAUAAUUUUGUAGAUAUCUACAAUGUGCUUACCAGCAAAAGAGUUGGCAUCUGCAAAGGGGCAUCCAGCUAUAUCACACACAUUGACUGGGAUUCAAGAGGGAAGCUGUUGCAAGUCAAUUCUGGUGCCAAAGAACAAUUCUUUUUUGAAGCGCCAAGAGGAAAGAGGCAUAUAAUAAGACCCACUGAGAUUGAGAAGAUUGACUGGGAUACCUGGACAUGUGUCCUUGGUCCUACCUGUGAAGGAAUUUGGCCAAUGCACAGUGAUGUCACUGUUAUCAAUGCAGCUUCUCUUACCAAAGAUAGCACUCUCUUAGCUACAGGGGAUGACUUUGGGUUUGUAAAGCUCUUCAGAUAUCCAGUAAAGGGUCAGCAUGCCAAGUUCAAGAAAUAUGUAGGACAUAGUGCCCAUGUCACCAAUGUCCGGUGGUUACAUAACGAUUCCGUGCUGCUGACAGUGGGUGGAGCUGACACUGCUCUGAUGAUCUGGACUCGAGAAUUUGUGGGAACCCAGGAAAGCAGGCUGGUUGAUAGCGAGGAGUCAGAUACUGACGCAGAAGAGGAUGGAGGUUAUGACAGUGAUGUUGCACGAGAAAAAGCUAUUGACUACACCACAAAGAUCUAUGCAGUGAGCAUCCGAGAGAUGGAGGGCACCAAGCCACACCAACAGCUAAAGGAAAUUUCAGUAGAAGAAAGGCCGCCAGUUAGCAGAGCUGCUCCUCAACCUGAGAAAUUGCAAAAGAAUAACGUCAGCAAAAAAAGGAAACUGGUUGAGGAGUUGGCUUUAGAUCAUGUUUUUGGAUACCGUGGAUUUGAUUGUCGCAAUAACCUACAUUACCUCAAUGAUGGUGCUGAUAUUAUUUUCCAUACUGCUGCAGCAUGCAUAGUUCAAAACCUUUCCACAGGAAGUCAAACUUUCUACCUGGAACAUACGGACGACAUCCUCUGCCUAACUGUCAACCAGCACCCAAAGUAUAAAAACAUUGUGGCAACCAGCCAGAUUGGUACGACACCUUCUAUCCACAUAUGGGACGCUAUGACUAAGCAGACUCUGUCUAUGCUGCGUUGCUUCCAUUCCAAAGGGGUGAACUAUGUCAACUUCAGUGCUACUGGGAAGCUCUUAGUGUCUGUAGGAGUCGAUCCUGAACAUACGAUCACGGUGUGGCGGUGGCAGGAAGGAGCUAAAAUUGCAAGCAGAGGAGGCCACCUAGAGAGGAUCUUUGUUGUAGAGUUCCGUCCAGAUUCGGAUACCCAAUUUGUAUCUGUUGGAGUAAAACACAUGAAAUUCUGGACUCUGGCUGGGAGUGCUUUGCUCUAUAAGAAGGGAGUCAUUGGUUCAUUGGAAGAUGCCAAAAUGCAAACCAUGCUUUCCGUGGCCUUUGGAGCUAAUAAUCUCACUUUCACUGGUGCCAUCAAUGGAGACGUUUAUGUCUGGAAGGAUCACUUUCUAAUUAGACUGGUGGCAAAAGCUCACACUGGCCCUGUCUUUACAAUGUACACAACUCUUCGUGAUGGACUCAUUGUUACUGGAGGGAAGGAGAGACCCACAAAAGAAGGAGGAGCCGUGAAACUGUGGGAUCAGGAGAUGAAACGUUGCCGAGCAUUUCAGCUUGAGACAGGGCAGAUCGUGGAGUGUGUGCGUUCAGUGUGCCGAGGGAAAGGCAAAAUUUUAGUGGGGACCAAAGAUGGAGAAAUCCUUGAAGUUGGAGAAAAAACCGGUGCUUCUAACCUGCUGAUUGACAGCCACAUGGAAGGAGAGAUUUGGGGCUUGGCUACUCAUCCUUCAAAGGACAUCUUUAUCUCUGCUAGUAAUGAUGGAACUGCAAGAAUCUGGGACCUUUGCGACAAAAAACUUCUGAAUAAAGUGAACCUAGGUCAUGCUGCCAGGUGCGCUGCCUACAGUCCCGAUGGCGAGAUGGUUGCCAUUGGCAUGAAGAACGGAGAAUUCAUCAUUUUGCUCGUGAAUAGCCUUAAAGUUUGGGGCAAGAAAAGAGACCGGAAGUCGGCUAUCCAGGACAUCAGAAUCAGCCCUGAUAACCGAUUUUUGGCAGUGGGUUCGCAAGAACAUACCGUUGACUUCUAUGACCUCACCCAAGGCACGACCUUGAACCGGAUCGGCUACUGUAAAGACAUCCCAAGCUUUGUCAUUCAGAUGGAUUUUUCAGCAGACAGCAAAUACAUUCAGGUAUCAACUGGUGCCUAUAAACGGCAAGUCCACGAGGUGCCAUUAGGGAAGCAAGUGACAGACACGGCACUUGUAGGAAAAAUCACCUGGGCCACUUGGACAAGCAUCCUUGGAGAUGAAGUCAUUGGCAUUUGGCCCCGAAAUGCAGAUAAAGCAGAUGUCAACUGUGCCUGUGUGACCCAUGCUGGAUUAAACAUUGUGUCCGGGGAUGACUUCGGUCUUGUCAAGCUCUUUGACUUCCCAUGCACUGAAAAAUUUGCCAAACACAAGCGUUACUUUGGCCACUCUGCACAUGUCACCAACAUACGCUUUUCUUAUGAUGACAAGUAUGUUAUCAGCACAGGAGGGGAUGACUGCAGUGUGUUCGUAUGGCAAUGUCUUUGAAGGUCAGUUCUCUCCAGUGUUACUCUUGCUUACCGCCACGUGAGUGCCAAACUGUGGACUUUUAAAAACGCCUCCAAGACCUCAGCAGCCGUGUUAAAAACACUGCAUAGAUUUAUAAUUUUUGAAACCUACGUGCAGUUAUGCAGCCAU